UUAAUUUAGUGUGUAAUUGCUCCGUAACAGCUUAAAGCUGUUCGAGAAGUGGCGAAUGGAUCUUAUUAAUCAGCAGAAGAUUAGUUGUGUUGAUGAAUCGAGCUCUGCUAUGGAUCGAGCACAAGCAGUUGCAACAAAUCUCUACCCUAAUUUUUUGAGGCGUUUGCUCAAAUCGCAUGUAACCGGAGAGUUUCGUUUGAAUCUACCAAAGCCGUUUUGCGAUGCUCAUCUACCAAAGCAAAGUUGUGUAUUAGUUUUGUCGGAUGAAAACGAUCGAGAGUACAAUACGAAGUAUGCGGUGGGGAAAAAUAGACUAACUAGUGGAUGGAAAAGUUUCUCGAUUGCACACAAAUUGCUCGAGGGAGACAUCUUGGUUUUUCAGUUGAUCGAGCCUUGCAAGUUUAAGGUAUACAUUGUAAAAGCUACAAGAUUAACACAAGUCGACGGUGCUACUACGACGGCCCUUCCAAAUCAAAAUUUUCAUCCCAAGUCAAUCGAGGCAGUGAAAACAGAACCGGAACAAGAAAAUACGAACCCCACUGAAUAUCCACAUGAACACGAUUACUACAGCGAAAUUGCCAACGGAAAAAGAUCCUCGGAAUAUUCUCUCAUCAAUGUUAAAGACGUAAAGGGCUUUAAAGAUUUCACCAUUUACGUAGACGGCAUAAGCAUCGACUCCGAAAUGCCAAUUCAGUGUAAAGCAAAGUAUUACGAGCUCUGCAAAAGUCGAAACAUGUUCCUCCACGAAAAUCUCGUCCAAGGGCUAAAUGGUAAAUUAGCAGCCGAGAUGAUUUCCGAAACAAUCAAGAUAGCAGAUGCAAUCAGGGCCGUCGAUUCUAAGACGGCCCCUGCGCGAAUGGAGGGCUGGGAUAAGACUUUGAAAGCUUUCGAGGAUUUAGGGAUGGUGGUGGGGUUUCUACGCGUUAGAAUACACGAGCUGCUUAGUAUUUCUCGUGAAAAUCAAGCUAGUGUUCGGUUGAAGAGAGUGGAGAGAGAUGGAGCAGAAGAAGAAAUGAGAGCCCUUGAUGUGAAAUUAUCGAGAGUUAAGACUCGGAUAGAGAAGAUAGAUUCCGAAAUUGAUGCUCUUGCUGCGGAAAACGAGGGCCUCGAUCCUGUUUUUAAAGAAAUUGCGCAUUGCCCGUGGUGAAAAUUAUCGAUCUCUCUCUCUCUUGUUGUAACAUCAAUAGUGACUAGUGUAUAUAUUUGUCAAUUUACAAUUUGAAUGAUGUCGUAAUUUCAAAUUAAUCGUAGCCUUAUAGUGUCAUUUAGCACACACAAGUGCCGAUGGCAUUCGAUUUUAGGUCGCCAA